CACUAAGCAAAGGCUCGUGGUUUAAGGAUGCUGUCUGUCUGUCUGUCUGUCUGCGUUGCGCCUUUUAAGCACCUUUUUCUGUACUGUGAAUUUCACGCCUAGGCCAAAACCAAACAAUUUGUUGAUUCCCUUCUUUGUGCGUCUCCCCAAGUGAUACCUCCGUUGAAGGACAGGUCCAUAAGUCCUUUUACAUCACAUGCAUGUUUUCUUUCUAGCUAAAUCUUUCAGCUCCAGUUAAGAGCUGCUUGUAGAGUAGAAAAUGAAAGAAGGGGCAUGCGCAGAUUGCAGAAGUUGGGAAGAGAAAUUAUAUUGGAUGCAUUUCCAGUAUAUAUAUUUUUGUCAGUUUCUCCUUGCUGGGUUUAAUCAGCGCUUGGCCAUCCCUGAAAAAUUUACUAGAAACCUGAGAAGGAAGUUGCGUGAUACUGUGACUCUUAAAAGUCCUUGUGGCACUGCAUGGGAAGUAUGCCUAACAGCGCAUGAAAACACCUUAUUCUUCGAUCAUGGUUGGCGAGAAUUUGUUGAAUACCAUUCUCUUGAAGAGAAUGAUAUAUUGGUCUUUAAGUACAAUGGGGAGUCUUCCUUUGAUGUGUUAAUGUUCGAUGGACAGAGCAUGUGUGAGAAGGCAGGUUCUUAUUUCCUCGCAAAACGUACGCAUAAAGGAUAUAACAGUACUGGAUACCAAUCAAAAAGAAAAACUGGUGAAAGUUCUGCUGAAGUUCUCAGUGCCUUGCCUGUGGAUGGUAAUGGAGGUUCUCCACUAAAGAAACCUAGACAUCAUAAUUUUCACACUACAUUAGGAAGGCCUCUUAUCUCGCGAGCGGUUAAUAAUAAAGCCCGAAGAGAAAUUAAGUUCAAGACUCCCAUUGAUGCACCAAAGACUGCAAGGAAAAAAGAACCUUAUACUUGGGCUGAGGAUGCAGAAGCCAAAGCCGACACUGCACAUGAUAAAGCUAAACUGAAGGUGUGUCAAUCAGCACAAGCAGCAGUAACCUCUGAGGGCUUUAUUGCAGUUAUGAAACCCACUCAUGUAUCCAAGAAAUUUUUUAUGUCAAUACCUUCAUCAUGGGUAUCUGAACACAUCACCUGUCAGGAAAAUCAAUACGUAAUUCUACGUAUUAAAGAGAAAACAUGGCAGGUAAGAUUGUAUUACCGCAAAAGGCCAAAUAGAGGAGGUCUUGCUUGUGGGUGGAAGAGUUUUGUUUUGGAUAAUAACAUACAAGAAUUUGAUGUAUGUGUAUUUGAACCUGGAAACCCGUUGGACAACACGAUGGUCCUAGAUGUUAACAUCUUCCGUGUAGUCCAGGAUAUGAAUCCGCAUACUCCGGCCAGCCUCACCCGGUAGCCUGGUAGAAAAUGGCAUCAUGCUCAUAAAUCUUAUGCUACUAGUAAAUGUUCAGUUGUUAGCAGUGCCCAAGUGCAAUUUUGGUGUUCGUAUAUAUUGGCUCUGGAGCACUCAAGAUUUUCUGUAUCAUCUAAAUAGUUUCCUUGUUGGCUCAAUGUAUAUAGAAGUAGUAGUGUUAUGUUGGGUUAGAUUUCUGUGCGACUUUGAUGACUAUGCAGUGAAUUACCCGUUGAUUUGUCCUCUCAAAAAGCAAUUUGCAUUUUCUCAAUUACACAAUUUUAGAGUGGCUA